UAGCGCUCCUUCUUGCAGGGGGGAUAUCUUAGUCUGCUGCUGAAGGAGCUGCUUAAAGCCUCCAUGGUCAAGCUCACUGCAUGGGUGGGAGGGAUUGUCCAUGAUGGAUGUGAGCUUGGCCGACAUCCUCCUCUCAUCCACCUCCUCUAUGAAGUCAAAGGAGCAGUCCAGAACAGAAUUGACCCUCCUGACCAGUCUCUUCAGUCUCUUUCUGUCCCUGUCUAAGGUCUCCACUCCCACAGCAGACCACUACAUAGAAAAUGCUAAAUACUAAAUCAGAGCUGACUGUUAGAUAAGCCGCGAAAAUGAGUAAAUGAUGAGCAAAACAUGAUGAUGGAUCACUUCUUCUCAUCAGUUUGCAGAUACUUUGAACCUCCAUCACCUUUCCUGACGGCAGACCGGAGCCACGCCCCCUGUGACGUCAGAGGAGGCGUGAGUUCCAGCUGCAGUGCUGAAGAAAAGCUCCACCGAGUGUCCGUAGCGCUGACCUGCAGGAUUUAAGUCCCGCUUUGACCAGUGGAGAGGUGAGCGGCUGUCGGAGAGCUGCUAUCCGUCCACGGGUCUACAGCCACAGCUAGAAAGCCCUGUAAAUGGAAACAGAGAGGAGGAGCGGCUUCGUAUUUCUCCGUUUUUUUGCGCUCAGACAAACCGGCGCGGGGAAAAUAUAGCAGCAGAAAAGUUUCGAAUAUCUGUGUGUCCUGGACCUGAGCUGAGGGCGACAGCAGUCACCAGCAGCUUUACAAGAAUUCAGUCCAAGUUCACAGCCGUGAGGUUGCUAUGGUGAACAGUAGGGUGGAGGCGCCCACAGUGGCUGUGAUGGGCAGUGCUGGAGGGACAGCAGGCAGGUCGUGUGCAGGAUGUGGAGGGCGAAUCUCAGACCGCUUCCUGCUCUUCUCCAUGGAGCGGUACUGGCACACACGGUGCCUCAAGUGCUCCUGCUGCCAUGCUCAGCUGGGCGAGUACAGCAGCACCUGCUACAGCAAAGGUGGCUUGAUCCUCUGCAAGAACGACUACAUCAGACUGUUUGGACACAGUGGAGCCUGCAGUGCUUGUGGACAGUCUAUACCUGCCAGUGAGAUGGUGAUGCGUGCUCAAGGCAGUGUUUACCACCUUAAGUGUUUCACCUGUGCGACCUGUAGGAACCGCCUCGUCCCAGGUGAUCGCUUCCACUACAUCAAUGGGACUAUCUUCUGUGAACAUGACCGGCCAGGGGGAGGCCUGCUCAGUGGACAUUCUACUCCACUGCAGGCCAACAGUAUUAUGUCUGACCAGAAGGUCUGCUGAGGAAGCAGAUGGAAAACCAAAUGUGUGCCUUCUCCCCCACUUUUCUCCUCUGUCUCAUCUUCACCUUCCUCCCCUAGCUGUAAGUCCUGCCAUUGGCUGACCUUCCUCCAUUCUGAUGGACUGUCACUCCAGAAUGGGGACACAUUCACUCCUGCUGCUGGUUUAGAUUUUAUCUUCCCAAAAGAAACUGGCUCUUUGAGAAGACUCUGAGCAGUAAAAUUUGGACAAGUCCAGUGCUCUGUUGAAGGGAUGAGGAUGCUGAGACUGAGUUAAUUCAUACAGUAGACUGCUGCUGUCUGUUGUGAACUGUAGCAAUAUCACUGGUAAGGAUUGGUGUGACUCAGCAAGGAACUGUCCUUGAAUUAUCUCAUGUCUGUGAUUCCACUGGAAUCAUCUGUUGACUUCACCCAGCCAGCCAGUAACAGUGGACCUUGAAUGAGGAGGGAACAUCAAAACCAGGGUGAUUCCUGCAGGAGAUGAACUGUAUUUAAAAUUUUAAAAAAAUGCACAGACUACAUGCUUACUUUAGCUGUUUGUUUUUUGGGUUUGAGUAAAAAUUGUAUGGAUUUCUUUUGUUGAUUUCAGCUUCUAGGUGUUUCCUUCCAUAUUCUAUGAGACAGCUGAACAAGAUCAUGUCUAUAUUGAUACGUAAAGAUUAUUACUCUGUGUAAUUCUCUGUGAAAUAUUCAAACAUGUUUGUCAGUGAGUAAGGGAAAGUAAUAGCUGCCUUUUGGUGGUCGUGUUUUCCAUUACAGACAGAUGAUUGAUUUCUUCACGCAAAAUCUGACAGCAUCAAAGAACAUGUUCAUUUCCUACUUUAUGAACUAUAGACUUCAAAUUCUUAAAAUUCAUGAAGUGGCCAGAACAAUUAAUUGCCUCUGUGGCAGAGACAACCAUGCCUUUAUCAAAGACAGCCCUUUUCUCAUUUAACCCAGCUCUCCAGAUUACACAAGCUCAACACUUCCUCUAUCUUUGUUUUGUCUCGAUAAAUUCACUAUUUUGUCCAUCUCCACAGCACACAUUGCAUCAGUACGGCAAGCGCCAUGUCAAACCAUUGACUGUACGUUAGAGAUGGACGCACCCUCUGGGUCUGAAAAAUGAAGCCGACAUGUAAGUGCCUUAAACCAGCACUCUUACCUACAGCCAGCAGGGGAUCACUCAUUUGACUGCACAAUGAAGUGUGAUUCUACAGAAGUAUGUGAGAAAAUUACUGUAAUUCUCUCUUGAUCUGCUACAGCAGUAAACAUUUUCCUAAUGAAUUUAUGGUCUCAGUUGCUAUUUUCCAAACUUUUUAAUGCAACAUGAUGGUUACUUUGUGGUUUUAUUACAGUCCAUUUUCCAAAAACCAAAAUUGGAAUGGCCAGUUACAAACUGAAAUUUCAGAGUAGUUGACAAACCAGUGGAUGACGUCACAGUCACCACUGCCUGUUUGUGUACAGUGUGUGUGUCAAACAUUCCACUCUGCCUGUUUUGAUGAACUACGUAAGUGACCACAACUGAAAUUUGAUACUUUAAAAGUUUGUGAACUUUUUUAUGGGAUGCCUUAACUUUCCCAGAAAAAACUUAACGACCUGCAGUUUUCCCGAACUUAAAGCCUUAAUACAAUUUAAACAGGUAAGUUCUAUUAAAAAAAUUCACCCCUGUAUUGUUGGCAUAGACAGAGACAUUAGGUAUAGAGACCAAAACUGUUGUUUGCGCAAGGCAGCAAAAAUGUUUAUUUUUUUCAGUAAAUUUAAACAUUAUAAAAUGAAGGUUUGUGGAGAUUCACUUGCUUUUGGAAGCAGCUCCAAGUGGACAUUUCAGGAACUAUAGUUUUUGGCAUUUGGCUUCAUUUUUCUGCCCUGGAGGUGAGCACCUGAUUUUGGCACAGAAAUUACUGGGUUAGGUUUUUAAAAAAUAUAUUGAUUGGGGUAAAAUAGCCCCUUUCACAAGCUGUUUUAAGCUUCUUUGACUUUUUCUUGGUUAUCAAGAUGAUGUGUCACACCCCAUCUGGUCAAAAAGGAGUAACACAUUUAUACAGUUCUACAAUUUCAUUUAGCAAACACUUUCAUUUAAAGCACAUACAUCUGAGAGUAGACACAACACAAGCAAGGAUCUAGUCAGGAGAAAACAGCCUGGAUAAGAGCCAUGAAACAAGUUCAAGUGUGAUAAUAGGACCAUGGUGCCUACAGGCGGUGCAGAUGUAAUAGAACUUUUUAAUUAAUUUUUUUUCUGUCAAGUGCAAAGGUGUUUACUGACGAGAUGGGCCUAUAGUCUUUACGUAACCUGGAAAGGAAUACAUUAAAUGUCUGAUAUGAUAUGUUAAUUAGAAACAUAUUAAUGACAUGUCACAAAUGAACAGCGUAGAGGCAGUUUAGUUGUAAAGGAACAUAAUUUUAGGUAGAGCAGUCCCAGAAAUUAGAGGUACGACCUGUCAACAGAAAGUCAACAUUGCUCAAGAGAAAGACGAAGGUGGAACAACUGGAAUUACUAAGAACAGGAAGACGGUAUUCUGCUAACAAAGAGAAGCUAAGAGCAGUACAGUGGUUUAGAUGAAAUGACUACUGUUACCCUGAUGAAAUGAUUGCUGUGGAAUUGUACAUUAAACUGAAUUUACCAUCUACCAACUUUUUUGAGGUAAUUUCUCCCCUCUCAAUGUGCCUUUAUAAGCUACAGCCUUUAUUUGUUUGUGCUGACUGCAUGAUGGAGCAUUACUGUUUGACUCAUCAAAAAUAUGACGUGAGGAUGGCAUGCAUUUAUAAAACCAUUAAAACAACAGUUUUAAUUCAUGGUCAGACUUGCUGCAAAAUGUACAAGUCGUAGCUAUUAAACAACAAGACUGGGCUCAUGUCAGUUCAACCACAGCUUGCAACCUGAACCCUGUAGCAUACACUGAUCAGUGGGUAGCAAUAAACAACCCCUGGAAGUUUUAUUCUGCUUGAAUUAAAUACAGUUUAAUUACAGUAUAAGUCUCGUUGUUAAAUAGCCACAACUGGUAUAUACUGAACUGCAGUCUUUGUGAUGUGCUAAAUGCAUUGUUUUAAAUUACAGUUUUGAUGUAAAAUUAAAUAAUUGUUCAGCCCUACUCUAUACUUUCACUUUUGAACAGAUAUCUGCAAAACUCCCUUUGAGUGCAGACUAGCAGCAAACGUUGACAGGCUACAAUAAAAUGGUGACUGUGAUGAACCCCCAAAUGUUGGAAAAAAUGCCGUUAAUAUGGGCAUAGCAUCGGUUCAGCAGGGCAGAAAACACAAACAUCUAGAUUCAUCAUAACUGCUCAAAACAUUGACCAUCACACAACUACUAGCAGCCUUUUUAUAUUUGAAAUAUUUAUAUAUAAGAUAGGCUGCACAGUGGUUCUGUGGGGAAAACUGUCACCCACAGCUAGAAGACCACUGGUUUGCAUCCCGACCUGUGAUCUUUCUGUGUGUAGUUUGCAUGUUCUCACUGUAGGUUCUCACCAAGUACUCCAGCUUCCUCCCACAGUCCAAAACAUGCUGAAGUUAAUUGGUGAUUCUAAAUUGUCCGUCCAGCCGUCCCCUCCACACCCCCAAAGAAUGUCAGUGCUAUCCUUUCCUCUCAUUGACUUUUCUUUAUUGUGAACCAUGAUAUUCUUUCAACUUGUUCCAAACAUCAUGAACACAUUCAGGCUUUGUACGUUGAUUGUAAUUGAGUUUGGAAAGAUUAUUCUAAGAGAUUUAGCAUCAGUGACUCAUACUGUACACUCUAAAUGUUUAUUCCAGAAAUGUUCUAGUUUUCACUCUUUAAGCUGACCUGUUCACAGUUAUGAAGGAAUACUGGGAUGAUGUGUUUUAAGUGCACAAAAUGUGUCGUGUAUUACAGUGUUUGAGUCAUGUUUUCUGUGUUUGCUUUUUGUUCAACCUAAACUGUAUAUGGAAACAAAAUAAGUCCACUCAGAAGAACUAAUUUAGCCAUUCAUCUGUGUCUCACAUGUGAUGUGUGUCUGACUGUGAUGAGCAUGAUUGGGCUAAAGCUACAGUAAGCAUGUGGCAAAGAGCUAGAGAUAGCAGCUUCAGACUGAGGAGUAAGUAAGAAACGCUUGUGGUUCUCAGACAAACAUGGCUGAUUACCCACAGGAAUGGGAUUUCAAAGGCCUGAGCCCAGGCCAUUACAGAAGCAAUUAAAGUGGGAUGCGCUGGAGGCCGACAUGGGCUUUAGCUGCACUCUAGUGUUGCAGCCUAAUGAGGCCUAAUCUGGUGAGCUGGUCUAAUUAAAAAGGAGGGAGCUUUUUCCUGUGGGCCCAUGCAGCCAGCAGUUUGUGCUCUCCAUAGCUGUCUAAAGCAAAAAAAAAAAAAAAAACAAAGCACAAAA